AUGGAUGCUCUACCCCUUCUCGACGUGCUCGCGUCGCCAUCGGACGAUCAGCACUGCUGUUGGGAAUACCUAGAGCCCCCCGCACCGGCCCCUUCUCCCGAUUUGUCCAUCUCCAAGCUAGACCCCGAGUUGCUGGGGUACAUCCUCUACCUCGCGUCAUCGCCAUUCACCUCGUCAGCACCUUCGCCUAUGUCGCUCACGGACGUGGCGCGGUACUUGGCCCAGGUCAGCCGGCACUGGCGCGCCGUCGCGCUCAGGUACAAGACCAUCUGGCUCGGCCCUGCGCUUGAUUGGCGGGCCCCGUACCGCUGGGUUGGCGAGGUCCUGAGGCGAUCAGACCCCCUUCCGUUGGAAGUCGUUAUUCCGUUUGAGGCGACGGCGCGCGAUCCCCUCGUCCUCUCUGUCGUGUUGAUGCACAUUGGACGCAUAAGGGUUUUGGAGCUCGAGCUCUCGCCGUUGACCUGGUGGUUCGUGGCGGAGUCGAAACAGCUAGAUCAGCGGGCGCCUUUGCUCGAGCGUCUAAUUAUCUCAGUGGAUGUUGAUGACACGCCUCGGAAAAGGGUACAGGUCGCCGAAUCGCGCAACAUCUUCGCAGCACACGCACCCCGCCUUCGUCAUCUCCAAGUACACAACUGCAUCAUCGACCUCAGCCAGAAGAUAUUCGAUGGAUUGACCAUCCUGGUUAUCGAUAACAUGCAAUUCAUUCCGAUACCCCAGCUUCUAAGUAUGCUGAGGCAUAUGAAGCUCCUCGAAAAGCUCCAUGUGACCCGCAUAACAGAGAACGUCCUUUUACCCAGCAAUUUCCCUCUCUCGCCCGACAUCCUGGAGGUUCACUUGUUAAACUUAUCGGAGCUGAUGGUGAGGACGACUAUGUCGGUUUGCGCGACUAUGAUGCGGGGGUUGGUACUGCCAGCUUCUUGCUCAAUCGUGAUCGACGCCCACAACGCAUACCAUGAAGGCCGGGACGUAACCGUCCUCCUACGACGCAUGCAAGAGGUCCUCUCCACCUGGAAGUGCGAUCCCCUCACCGGGCGUCAAUCACUUUUGUUGGGUGCCUCGGAGAUCGUAUACACCCUCCAAGGACCGCGAGAAGAUGGGAGGUGCCAUCGGGACCAUCCGUACAUCAGUCUCUCACUCACAUGGCACAAGCGCCAGACCCAAUUCGAGACGUUGUGCAAGAUAUUCCCUUUGGUCGCGUAUACCUUUUCGUUCUGUCUCAUGGCCCCAGAUGCAAUCGGCCUCCUGGUGAGCGCCGAUGUGCCGUGCGAUGUGCGCAAGCUGCUCUCACACUGGCUGCGCACGAAGAAGGAUGUACAGGCGGUCCACUUCCAAGGUCACCACACGUUUAUCACAUUCGAACCCCUCCUCCGAGCCAGGAGCGCCGACGAUGACGACGUCGUUCUCCCCUACAUGGGAGACAUAACAUUUGCCGGGGUGAACUUCGCUGAUGACGCCCGCCGUUACUGGAGAAGGUUGCUCAAGAUUCUCAAGUUCCGGGAACGUAUGGGGUCCCCGAUUCACGAGAUAGAUUUUGUUCACUGCGUCGGGGAGCUUGAGCAGCGGGAGGACAUCGAACGACGGUUUGGGGUGAUGGUGAAGAUCAACGGGGAGGAUCGUUCGACAUGCAGCAGCGACGACAGCGACGAGUCUGACAGUGAUGGUGAAGAUUCUGAUUAUACCGUACAAGCGCUCUCGGAUGUAGAGGAUUUCUGA